CAAAGGUCAACUGAGGUCUAAAACUAGACCCUAUGUAGACAGGUGACUGGAUGAGGUUGAACUUGAGUGACAGGUGUGUGUGUACAGGUGCAGAUCUGAUGUCUGUAAUCAGAAUGAAAGGUGCAGCUCUCAGCAUCAGUGUUUCUGUGGUGACAGUUUUCAUGUGCUCCAUGUGUCAUCACACACAAAACCAACGAGAGAUCCGGUCUUCAGCUGAUCUUCAGUCUGUCGGGGGCUCGUGGGCUCCGUGGCAGGACUGUUCACGCUCAUGUGGCGGUGGUCUUCAGAAACGGAGCCGAGUUUGUCUUCAGUCUUCAGGAAACCCCUCUCACAGACCAGCACCUCACACACACGGAUGGAGGAAAUCUAACAGGGGCGGCAUCAGUCCAGGAUCGUACGGUUACGGCAGGAAUCCAUACGUAACCUCUGUACAGACGUCUGACCUCAGACAGACACGACCUCACGAACACAAAGACAGAACACGCUCAAGCACCCGUCAGCCAUCGGCCUCCAUCACGAACACCUCCUGCCCCGGAGAAUCCCACCAACACAAGAUCUGUAACGGCAUGGCCUGUCCGUCAUGGAGCAGACCAAUCAGAGAGCUGCAGUGUUCAGUGUUGAACGCACGGCCCUUCAUGGGUCGACUGUAUGAAUGGGAGCCGUUCAGCGACGGUGAUGGUGAACACGGCUGUCAGCUCCACUGUCGUGCCGCCGGUUUCCGCUUUUACGUCCGUCAGUCUGAUGAUGUCAUCGAUGGAUCUACAUGUGGUCAGAACCACUCGUCUGUCUGUGUGGCGGGACAGUGUGAGCUCUCAGCUCUGCGCAGUCGCUCUGGUCGAUCCAUUAUAAAUGGUAACUGGGCCAUUGACCGUCCAGGAAUGUUUGAGGGAGUGGGAACCGUGUUCACAUACAGACGACCCAAUGAGAUCAGCAGCACGGCGGGAGAAUCAUUCCUGGCCGAAGGGCCGACCAAUGACAUCCUGGAGGUUUACAUGAUCUAUCAGCAGCCCAAUCCAGGAGUUCAUUAUGAGUUCCUCCUGCCAUCAGAAAACACUCCACCGAGCCGUGAGUUCUGUUCUCUCACAUCACUUCUUCACAUAAACGUGACUGCUGUAUUUAACAUGUGUUGCUCAGCAGUAAAUGUCAUAAACGGACCGACGGCUUCUGAUCCCAACGGCCGGCAGAAUCCCACAGAGAACCGAGAGAGGUCAGGUGUGGUCCAGAGUCCCUCAUCCGUCCUGAAUAAUGUCUUACCUGCUGCUCCGCGCACACACCCACCCAGAGAAUAUAACUGGAAACUGACGGGCAGCGACUGCAGCGCCUCCUGUGGCAGAGGUGUCAGGUACAGCGUGUUCAGCUGUGUCCAUCGCAUUACUCGCGUCCAGGUACAGAACGAGCUGUGUGACAGCAGUACCAAACCCAACCAGCAGGAGGAGCCCUGUAGCAUUCAGCCCUGUCCCGCAUUUUGGGACACGGGCGAGUGGUCUGAGUGCAGUAAGACGUGUGGUCUGGGAUCACAGUAUCGUCAGGUUCUGUGUCGUCAGCUUUACUCCAACAGAACUUUAACCGUACAUGUCGGUCGAUGUCAUCAUCUGGAGCGACCGGAGACCAGCAGCACCUGUCAGCUGAAGAUCUGCAGCGAGUGGCACAUCCGCUCUGACUGGAGUCCUUGCUCUGUGCCGUGUGGUGUAGGUCAAAGGUCACGUCAGGUUCAGUGUGUCAGUAAUGUUGGUGACGUGGUAGCAGAUGAGGAAUGCAACAUGAAGCUCCGGCCCAGUGAUGUGGAGAACUGUGACGCUGGUCCAUGCACGAGGAGCUGGUUCUUCAGUGACUGGAGCUCUCAGUGUUCUGCUGAGUGUGGUGCGGGUGUGCAGACACGCAGCGUUCUGUGUUUCACCAAUCACAUCAGUGAUCUCCCGCUGGAGGACUGUGGCUCCGAGCGCCCCCCAGAGGUCAAACCCUGUGACAACGGCCCGUGUGACAGCCGCACUGAGUGGUUUACUGGACCCUGGAGUCAGUGCUCAGCGGCGUGUGGCUCAGGCAGUCAGCAGAGGGCAGUCGUGUGUCUGAUGACGUCACAUGAGGGAUUUACCGUCAUGCCUCCGUUUGAGUGUUCAUCUCUAGACAAACCCCUCAGUCAACAGAGCUGCAUCAUCAGAACCUGCACAGACGCCUGGUACCACACAGACUGGAGCCCUAAUCCUGGCAGCAGCGUUCUGUAUGAGCUGCAGCUGUCUGAUGGUCUUCUUGGGAAGACCUGUAAGGAGUCCAUUACAGUAAUCCACCCUGCUGGUGAUGAAAGCAUGAUAGCACUAGUUUCUCUAAAUGGUUUGAGACAAAACAUCUGA